ACGUCCUGCGUCACAACGUCGCCAUUCUCUCUGGAAAGAGGCGGGCUUUCUCUGGCAUUCCUGACGUUGUGCGUCAUGACCCCGCACGGGAUUGGUGGAAAAAUACGUGCUGAGCUCCUUCUUCUUCCCUAUUGGCCAUUAUGGGUGUCAGUCACAUUCCCCUCCACUCUGUUACGGAUUACUAUGGAAGAAGGUGGAUGUGGAUAAUAAUCCGAGUGGGCAGCCAUUUUGCCUGUGGUAGUGCGACUAGGGCCGGAGUGGAAGUUAGGACGGAGCCCGGAACGUAACCCCGGCGAGAAGGAACAAACCGCGGGUGUUUAUUUGGAUAACUUACCCCCCCCCCCCCCACUGGGUAAGAUCUGCGCGGUCGUGUGUUGUUUCCCAGUUUGGAAACCCUCUCCCAUCAAACCAGCCUGAUUGCUAGCUAGUUAGCCGCCGAGCUAACGGCUAGCUGCGGAGCUAACGGCUGCCGGGCCUGCUAGCUGUCCAAUGACCGAGCUGUGGUCGUCAGCGACGGAUUGAAGGUUUUCCUCGGCUCUGUACCCGGAUCUCCCGGAGGAUUCUUGUACAUGCUAACAUGCGGAAACUUCACUUUUCAGUUCGGAGACAAAGUGGAGAGUGUCUGUAGAGAAGAGGGGUAUGUGGAGCGGCUUUAACACUUUAAUCCUGCUGUGGAAAUCAGUGCAGAUCGAUGGAAAAGCAGUCUGUUUAUCGGACUGAAAGUCUCUUUUACUACCCAGAGAUCGGCCAGUUCAGCCGGGUUUGAUCCCGAGGAACAGCGCUAUAACCCGGGCCUGUCCUCACAUACACGGGUUAAAUGUGUUGUAUUUUAACAGUGAACCAUAGCAACACUACAUAUUCGGCCCGGGACAUCCGGGACAUGUCGGUGUCCGCCGUCAGAAGCAGCGCUACUUAAAUCCUGGUUCUGGUCUCGGUGGGAUUAUAAAUACUAUUCAGGAUCUGGGUCCACGAUGGGAUCAGCCACCAAACUGGCCUUCAGUGUGUUCCUUAUCUCCUGCUCCUCAGGUGCCAUCCUGGGACGCUCAGACACUCAGGAGUGUGUCCACUACAGCUACAGCCCUU